AGAUGUCAAAAUAUUGUUUAGACUGUCUAUAUACAGACUGAUUUGUUUUAGUUUUGAGUGUUGCUUUUUAAAGAUAUUUGAAAAUAAAAAAUUAAAAGAAUCAGUUUCGUUUGACAUUUUGUGAUAUUUAUAACAACUAGUUGAACGGCCAAGGCAAACAAGUAACAAGGUCACGGCCGUGCGUGCAGUAUAGUUCGUCAAUACAAUCGGCGCCAUUUAUACGACGCUUUGGCUAUAGGCAAUGGGUGCUGUUAUAAGUUAUACUAUAUACCAUAUUGUGCAACAUAAUAGCUUAGUGCUUCCACGUUCAACAUGGAUGAAGAGGAAUAUAAAGAGUGUUUAAAAAUGCUUGUUUCUGGGUCAAGUGAAGAUGAAAGCGAUAGUGGAUCCAAAUCACAAUUAGACGACGUGUAUGAAAGCUUCAAACCGUCGCCCAUUUUAAUAGAUCCUCAAAUACACAAAAUAAUCGAGAUAGGAACUUUCAGUAGUCAGGUAGUAAGUUCAAGUACUAAGAAGUUAACAAAAAGCCAACGAAAAAGGAGAAGGAACAAGAAGAAUCAAAAUGUUAAGACUAGCAGCACUGAUAAUGGAACGGGUCCAGAGACCUUUGGUGCUUCUGUUAAAGUAAAUAAUGAAGCAGUGAAGUCUGCUGAAGCCGCAGAUUGUGAGUAUAAGGUUAAGACAUCCAGAAGAAAAAGGAAGAAAAAAGGUACCAAGACAGAAGAUGUAGAGAAGGAACUACAAAAAAGUACAAGUACAACGGAAACUAAAAUGAGCUAUGGCGAGUCAGAAGAAACCACACGCUGUGAAUACAGGAUUAAGACAUCGAGAAAAGAAGAGUAUGGGAGCAAAAAGAAACAAGAAAACACCAACAUAGAUAAUUCACACAAGGAAGCGCAAUCAUGUGUUAACGUCUUUUUUGACGUUUCUAGUGUACUAGAAAAUAAAGAAUUUGAAACGGUAAUAGACUGUUCAGAUUCUCUAACAGGGUUAAAAUGUGAAUACAAGGAUUACACAUCAAGAAAUAAAACACACAGAGGAGAAAAGAAAUUAGAAACUAAUAAUAGAGACGAGAGAGCAGAGGAAGUGCAGCAAUCAAGUGGUAUUUUGACUAGAAGUGGUUUGAUCACCUACGUCGAAAAACAUAGUGUGGGAUUGGAAAUUAUAUCUUGUCUUGCGCAAAACGCAGAAGCGAUGGACUACAUUAAAAAUAAGUUGAAAACAAAUGACAAAAAAGCUAUUGAGGUAAUGGACACUAUUAAAAAGAAAACGGAACGAAUCAAUAGCAAAAAUAAAACACAAAAUAGUAGCAAGGAAAUGACAAAAAAGCAUGAAACAUCUAACAAAACUUUGGGGAAUAUGAUAUGUUUUGACGAUUUUGGCCAUUUUAUUUCCAAAUUAAAUUAAUGUACUUAUAUUUAGAUGGUUGUAAUCACAUCCAACAAACUUGUCGAAAUAUUUACGUGAAAAUUUUGGAGUAUUUAUUGUGUGUCUAUUCUUAAUAAUAAAACUAUCAUCAUUUUUA